UUCUUGUCUGGUUGCUGCUGGACCGAACGGUUCUAGUGGCCUGGAAUGUCCUGCCAUAUAACAUGUCAUUUCAUAAAUUCUCAUGGAUUCACUUCCCACGCUUUCUCACAGAUUAAGAAGAAAAAAUGGGACUCUAUGUUCUCAUGACGAAUUUGGUUCAGUCAUUUCUUGCUCUGAUGGGGUUUUCUUCCUGUUUCUGACUCCUAAGAAGUUCACCCUCUUGCGGACGGCGGCAUCAUCUCAGCUGCAUCACCUUCGAUUUCAGUCUCUGGGACAAUCCAUCGGUUUUGACUCAGAAUCCUUCUUUUUUUAUUUUAUUUUAAAUGAGAGUAUGGACUUAUGGGUUGUGGCAGCAGCUGCUGGGGCUGGUUAUGCUGCGAAGCAUUGGCGCAACAUCUCGUCUCAAGGCAGGGAAGAGUCUUCGUCUGAGCCAUUUGGUAACGACUUUAAGUUCAGACAAGCCAAAUUGAAGAGCUUUCUUCGGCAAAUCAGGGAGUCUCCUUUGCACAGAUUGGCUCUUACACAUGUAGGUGACCAUGAUGCUUUCGGGGGCAAGUUUUGGGAAUAUGACCACCUUAAUGGCGAUCAUGAAGAGAGAAAGAGGCCUGCAAAUUUGGGUAGCCAUCUUAAUCGCGAUGUGCUUUCGCUGGUUACUCACCUGCCAAGCAUACUUGAAUAUGAGAGCCCUCAUGAAUUCAGAGUGGUUAUACAAGGACAUAGGCAGUCCGGUGAUGAGUCUUUUCCGGGUUCAAGAGCUAAUAAAAGCAGUAGGUUCAAUGGGAGCAGGCAAUUUAGGAUUGCUGUGUCUGAUGAAACAGCACUCAAGCCUGCUGAUUUAUAUGAGGAUUUCAUCGAUAUCAAUGGUCAGUUGUAUAGUGAAUACGUUAGAACCAAGAGGAGUGAGCAUGGCACGCUCGUGUCGCCCUCUAAAUCUGCGGUGAGGCCUCUGCUGGUUACUGAUGGGAGCCGAAUAAUCAUAAGCAGGAUCAGCAGCGGUUUCUAUGUGGAGAGCGAAAAUGGUAUAGAGAUGCAUCGAGAAGAAGGCAAAUUUGUUCAGGAAGGAACACGUUUAAGACUUCCCGAGAUUGAAGCCCGAGAGUUGUCGAGUGGACAGAAGUUAAGUACAAGCAAGAGGAGUUCUAGCGUAAGCGCAUUUGCCAGUUCAUUGCAAUCACAAGGAUUGUACGAUCCAAUGCCGCUUUUCUUUCUCGGUUUAACAAUUGGCGUGAUGACCAGUGUAGUGGCGAACAACAGGGAAGUGGACCUGUUAGAUGAGAGGUUCAGGCAAGCACAAAACCUAGUUCAGGAUCUACAUGAGGAGCUUGAAAUGAAGGACCUGUUAACUGUGAAGGAGAUCGACGCCGAUGGUCCAAGGAUCCCCGAAACCGGCACUAUACCUUUUCUCAAUAGGACAACAACCGCAUCUUCCCCUGUCUAUGAAAUGGAUAAUUCCUCGAAGAUUCGUAUGAGAGAGCCAAAUGAUGGUGUGGCAGAGAAGUCUGAUGCAAUGAGAGAAAUCGAGGCAGAGCUUGAAGCUGAACUAGAGAGGUUGGAGCUGAACAUGAAGCUGACUAGCGUGAAGAACACAUCAGAUUUCGUUGAGGGAGAUCUAAGACCAGAAGAAGUUGAUUCACAUAUAGAAGGGGCAUUAAAAUCCAACCACGAUGUCAGUGGGAGUUCAGACAGUCAAGCUUGUUCGCCGAAUUAUGCAGUAUCACCUCAAGAGCUGAGUUUCCGUCUUCAUGAAUUAAUUGAGUCAAGGCUCGAGGAACGCAUUGCUGAACUCGAGGCAGCCCUUGAAGCUAGCCAGAAGAAGUUGCGAUUCCUACUACUCGAGAAUGAAAAUUGUCAAAGAGAUUCAAUUGGUACCAUUGCAUCACCAUUGUCUGACCAAGAGAACCCGGCCUCACCCGGUGUUACUUUCGAAACAGACGGACCCUCGGUUGCAGAUACGUUGGGGGAAUAUCUUGAUGCAUAUAAGGAGGCUCGAGAAGAGACUACUGGGAUAUGUGAAUUAGAUGGUACAGAUCAAACACAUAGCAGACACAGCAUUGACCAGACAGAGAUGGAAUCGCAUUGUCUUCAGGAAGACGACCAAAUCAACUGGGGUGAUAAUUUAAGCACAAAUAAGGCUGACGAAGGGAGACAUUCAGAGAGUCUUCUUCAUGAAAAUGACAAAACCAGUAUGGAAUGGACACCAAAGAGCUGGGGAUCAAGUUAGACGAAUGCAGAGACAUGGAGGAGAUAGUUCCUUAACCAUGCUUCCAGUCCUUGCAAGGUAGGGAAUGGAGGAUAUAACCAGAACUUCACUUUCUUGAUAGUGUAAAUACCCAAAGUGAAACGACGAUAAAUGUCCUCACAUAUCGCUCAACAGUAGACUAUGGUAGCGACAAUAUCGGUAAGGAAUGUCGAAUGUCAAUGGCAUAUGUGGAUCAAAGGACCUACUUUAUCGACAAAUUG